AUGGCACUAGUGAGGAGGUUCAUCGUCGAGGAGAAAGGCAAAGCCCCCACGGAAGAGCCGGAGGUGCCUCCGCUGAAGAGGGGGCGCGGCCGCCCUCACAAGUCCACCAUGACAUCCACGGGGGUUUCCCAGGGGCGCGAAUGCGCCCCGCUGGGGAUCCGCAUCGGCUCCAGCACCCGUGGGAGGAAUUCUUCCCGUGAAAGCGGUCGCGGGAUCCGCAGAGCCGAGGCCGAGGGGGAAGUGGCUUCGGGAGGCAAGACGCCGCCUUCGUCAUCAGAGUUCUCGGCUGCCGCAGGCGACCAUGAUGACGCAACUGCACCCUGGCAUCUUGAGGACGUCGUAGCCAUGGUAGGUUGCAGCCAUGAACUUGGCGAGGGCACGAUGGCCGGGCUACUCUCUGUCAAGGCCGUCGCGCUCGCCGCCGUGCUUGCUGCCGCGUAUGCCUCUUGCGCCGCCGCCGAGCAGCCGGGGGCGGCGGACCUCGACGCCUCCGCCGUGUCUUACAGCUCCGCGUGGCUUCCGGCCAGAGCGACCUGGUACGGAGCGCCCAACGGCGCCGGGCCCGACGACAACGGCGGCGCGUGCGGCUUCAAGCACGUGAACCAGUACCCCUUCUCCUCCAUGACCUCCUGCGGCAACCAGCCCCUGUUCAAGGACGGCAAGGGCUGCGGCUCCUGCUACCAGAUACGGUGCAGCGGCGACAAAUCCUGCUCCGGCAAAAUCGAGACGGUGAUGAUCACGGACAUGAACUACUACCCGGUGGCGCAGUACCACUUCGACCUGAGCGGCACGGCCUUCGGCGCGCUGGCCAAGCCGGGGCUCAACGAGAAGCUGCGCCACUCGGGCAUCAUCGACAUCCAGUUCCGGCGGGUGCCCUGCAACUUCCCGGGCCUCAAGAUCAACUUCCACGUGGUGGACGGCUCCAACGCGGUGUACCUGGCGGUGCUGAUCGAGUACGAGGACAUGGACGGCGACGUGAUCCAGGUGGACAUGAAGGAGGCCAACUCCGGGUCGUGGACGCCGAUGCGCGAGUCCUGGGGCUCCAUCUGGCGGAUGGACUCCAACCAUCGCCUCCAGGGGCCCUUCUCCAUGCGCAUCACCAGCGACUCCGGCAAGAAGCUGGUGGCCAACAACGUCAUCCCGGCCAACUGGAGGCCCAACACCGACUACCGCUCCUUCGUCCAGUUCAGCUGAUCCGAGUCCGACCGGCCCAUGGGCGGCCACGUGCGGCUGCAUCAUGCGUGCAUGCGCUCUGGCGGUCUGGCCCCUCUGCUGGCUACGUACAAUUAAUCGCUCGGCCGAUCGAAAUCAUUUGCCUUA